ACUGGGCGUCUAUAAAUGACAACCAGAGAAGUCAGUGGAUGACCCCAAAGGGCAGCAAGCCAAAGGACGGCUCUCAAGGCAGGCAUCGACACCUCUUCACGCCGCUACUGCAACCCAUGGCUAUGGCUUUCAAGAUGGCGACGGAGGGGAUGCGGGUGAAGCAGGAGUGCCUGAGCUCGUUCAUGGAGAUGAAGUGGAAGAAAGCGAGCAGGUACGUGGUGUACAAGAUCGACGAGAAGUCGAGGGAGGUGAUGGUGGACAAGGUGGGCAGGCCGGGCGACGGCUACGAAGGCCUCGCCGCCUCCCUCCCCCUCGACGACUGCCGCUACGCCGUCUUCGAUUUCGACUUCGUCACCGUCGACAAUUGCCAAAAGAGCAAGAUCUUCUUCAUCACUUGGUCCCCAACGGCGUCAAGGAUUAGAUCGAAGAUCCUGUACGCCACCUCAAAGCAGGGGCUGAGAAGGCUGCUGGAAGGGAUCCACUACGAGGUGCAAGCCACCGAUGCCGCGGAGAUGGGGCUUGAUGUGAUCAAAGAGAGGGCCAAAUGAGGAGCUGCUUCUGCUGGCUGUGAAUGAAUGGCCUUCACGACUGCAUCACAUCACUUGUUGUUGAUGUACGUGCUAUUAAUUAAUAAUAUAUGUACGCAUAACCAAGACUGACUUUGGAUGCUUGACAAAGAGAAGCAGGGAGGGAUGAUAGUAUGUCUUUUACUUCUUCUUUACCACUGCUCUCGAUCUACUCGUUAAGUAGUAGUACUACUUGUGAGAGACUAAUGUUGUGUUUUAGCAGUC